GUUCACACCGGAAGUGAGUGUUCCUGAGGGUGACAGGAGGACAGCAGGAGUUGGCUCGUGGUGCUGAUGUUGUUAUUUAAGGAGCAUCUCUUCCUCUUACAGACUGACAGCUGCUUUAACGCUGUACAAACACUCGUCCGGCUUGAACACGUGUCGUGGGAUUAGUUCGUUGUGGCACUUUAGUGAAAACUGAUCAUUUUCAUCACGUUUAUUUAAAGUCGUCACGGUGUUAGCCAUAAACAUGCUAAUGACAUUGAGCUAAGUGUCUAACAGGGAGCGAGUCCAUGUCAGUCUAAUUACAGAUAGUGAACGCUGUUCAGGUAACACAGAGUCAUCAUCAUCAUCACAGUCAUGUUUAGUGUAUGAUUGAUUACAGUCACACACAUAGACGGUCGUAGGUUGUUCCAUCGGACUGAGUCUGCGCACUGUGGAGGAUGAACACGCCGCUCGGGAGGAACGGGCUGAUCGGGCUGGCUGUCGGAGCCACCGCCGGAUUGGGACUGAUCGCCUUCCUCAUUUACAAGGAGAUCAGCCGGAGGAAGUCCCAGAGCCUGGUGCAGGAGGCCAGGACAGCUCCCCGCCUGCUGGAGGGGGUAGACGGGGCCGCUCUUCUGCUGGAGGCGCUGGAUCCUCAGGAAGCGGAGGCCCAGCAGGAGGCUCUGGCAGCGGUGGAGGCGGUGGUGCAGGGUCUGUCCCCGGAGCAGCAGGUGGAGCUGAGGAACCAGCUGGACCAGGUGCUGAACUGUGUGUCCUCGCUGCGCUCAGAGGUGGCUGAGCUCAGGGGCGGCCUGCAGGACAUAGCGGUGCAGAUCAUCCAGGACGUCAAAAAAGGAGUUGAGGACAGCCAGAGGGUGCGACGGCGACGCCAUGUUGUCCACAGGGAGCGCACCGACUCCGCCAGCUCCAGCUCCAUCUACUUUACUGCUAGCCAGGGAGCAACCAGCAACUACGAAGAGACCAGCGAAGGAGGCUACUCCACGGCGUAUGCUGAGUCAGACUACACAGACCGGGACACAGACAAGGAGGAGCCUGAACCGGAACCUGAGCAGGAGUCUGAGGAAGAGGAGGACAAGAGCUGCGCCACCGUGCUCACCCUCCGCCAGGAAGACUCCCAGGAAGAGGAGAGAGGGUUAGAGGAGGAGGAGGAGGAUGAAGGAGAGGAUGAUGAAGGAGAGGAGGAGAGGCAGACUCAUGCUCUGACAGAUGUCCCUAGUGGAGAGCUGGCUCUCCUGCUGGCUCAGAGCGACAUCCUCCACACGGGAGACGCACGUCUGAAGGCUGAAGGUUUUCAACUGCUGCUGGACAACAGAGCCGAGCACGGAGAGAGCAGGGAGUUUUUAUGGCGCCUGGCUCGAGCUUACAGUGACAUGUACGAGUCCACGGAGGACAAACAGGAGAAGAAGAACUACGCACAGCAAGGUCGACAGGAGGCAGAGUCGGCUCUGAAGAAGAACGGCCUGAACGCAGAGUGUCACAAAUGGCUGGCUGUGCUGACAGGACUGACCUCCCAGCAUGAGAGCAUGCACAGCAAACUGAAGAGCAGCCACAUUUUAAAGGAGCAUCUGGACCGAGCAAUCGCUCUCAGAGAUGAUGACCCCAUGUGUUUCUACCUGCUCGGCAGGUGGUGCUAUGAGGUAGCCACUCUGGACUGGUUGGAGAAGAAGGCGGCCGCUGCUCUCUAUCAGAGCCCUCCCACCUCCACACUGCAUGAUGCUCUGGAGAACUUCCUAAAGGCAGAGGAACUCAGCCCAGGAUUCUCCAAGACUGUGAGACUUUACAUCGCAAAGUGUCACCAGGAGCUUGGAAACAUCUCUGAGGCCACAAACUGGACCGAGCUGGCUCUGAAGAUGAACACCAACGAUGAUGAUGAUAAAGAAACGUCUAAACUGGAGUCUCAGCUCCUACUCCUAACCAACAGAAAAAUCUGACCUCAUUUAUCCGCUGAGAUCCAGCCGACGGCUCUGAUUGGCUCGUCGGCCUUCUGAUCAUCCAAUCAGACGUGCUCUUCACAUUCUUUCUUUCUCCCUCUCUCACUGGUGGAUAUUUAUGUCACACUGUCACUGUGAAACGAUGUAGAGUUUAUUGAUGUCUAUUUAUUUUUUUCAAACUGAAUCACUUUAACAGAGUAAUAUUUAUUGUAACGUUCACGGUAUUUAUUCUAUUCUUUGAUGCUUUUUUUUAACAUUUUGUUUGCCUUUUGAACCAAUAACACAUAAUCACCUUAAUUUACCUGAGUUUAAAGGAACAGUUCACCUAAAUAACAGACAUAAGAACAAACGUUUGGUGUUUUACUUGUCAACGGAAGCUCAGAGAGAAAGUCUUAGAAUCAGGACCAAUGAGAGAUUCACAGACGGACUUUUAUUUUUUAUUGGAUUAUCUUUAUUCUUCUAGUAAAAACAUCAGGACGUACUGGAUCCAAAGCUUGUAAACUCGGGUCGGGAUGCAACAAAUGAAGUUAAUUUCUUGGGUAAUAAAAGGGAGUUGUUGUUCAACACGCAGGGAGAUGUACUGAGGCUGUGCGGUGAGAACACUGAGCUGCAGUUUGAUCAGGGACGUUUUUAAAAGCUUUAAGAGAAACAGAAAAAAACUAGAAAUAAAUCUGAUGACCUUUAUCUUCGUGGACUGAAGGUUUGUCUGAUCUGUUCAGCUGCUCAUGUUUGAUGUGUGUGUGUGUGUGUGUUGUGGAGAUGUAAUGAUUCUGUGGUAUUCUGGUCUUAAUUAUUUUGAUGAAUGACCCUUUAAGAGUAAGGUAAAGCAGCUGGACUGGAUCACAGACUUUGUCGUGUGGAGUAGUCCGUUGGUGUGAUUUAAAAAUCUUUUUCUUUAAGGUAUUUUCUGCCUUUGAAUUUUGAGUCUUUUUUUUGAUGUGAAAGUGAAGUUUUUUUUGUAUAUUUAUUCUUCUGUUGGGAGUUAAUUUUUCUGACUGCUGUCUCUGAUAUGUUUAAUAUCCUUAAUAUUCUGACCCCAUCAUGAAGAGUUAAAAUGCACUCUACUGACGCCUCAUUAACACUGAAUAAAGCUCUUGUUUUGUAUCAUU